AAGCAAAUGUGGGCAUAGUGAACAUAAACACAAUGACAAAUUAAUUAUAACAAUCCACACAUACGGUUCGGAUUUCAAAGUACAAGGAGCUACGGUGUUGCCUGUUGGAUCAUCAGCGGUGAAGCAAAGCAUUUACAAUUGGAAUAUUCAAAGUUGAGUAAGAAUUGUUGAGAAUCAAGUAAACAGGAUGCAGCUGCCAACGCAAGCAUGGAUCUGGUCAAUCCUAAUCGUAUUCGUCAGCCUAGAGGCUCAGGCAGAAUUGAAUCUGGAUAAGCUCGACAUGCAAAGCCAAAUUCCAGAGGAUUUGUUAAAAAACAGCAGCUUCAAUCAAGCAAAGGAAGCUUUUCGCAAGAAGUGCAUCGAGGUUUCCGGCGAAAAAAAUGGCGAACAGGCGUACGCCGAUAUAGAGACUGGCUUCUUAACACUUAGCGAAUGCAUGAACAACAUUGUCAACUAUACGACAAUGCAGAAGGAAAUUCAGGAGGCGAGUCCUCAGGGCGAACUGGACGUCGUCUUCAAUAAGUACUGUGCGAAGCGCUCGAAUGCGACAGAAUGCGUUGAUGCCUUCACGAACAAGCUGGUGCCGUGUCUGGAUAAGAAGGAGCUGGAGAGCCUGGAUGUGAUCAAACAUAUCGUGAAAAGUCUGUUAAACUUUGUAUGUCACAAGGAUGGCGAUCAGAUAGCAUUAUUCAUUGCCGAAGAAGGCUUCGAAUGCCUCGAAUCACAAAAGGACAAUAUUCACCAGUGCUUCAAUAGCACCUUCUCAACCUAUUUCGAUGAGAUCGACAUGCAGGGCAACAACAAAAUCAAAACAAUACCCAAACUAGUUGUCGAGGAGAAACAAUGCGGCGACAUAAUCACAUUUGAGAACUGCGUUGUGCGUCACCUGGAACACUGCUCGAAAAUCACACCGGCCAAUCUAAUAGAGUCGAUGUUCAAUUUUAUAAGGAACGAAACUCUAUGCCGCAACUACAAUCAGAUGGCAUUGACUGGGGGAGCUAAUGCAUUUGCCCAUGUUACUCAUAUAAAUAACAUACUCAUCUUUUCAAUCAUGCUCGUUAUUCUCUUUAAGUUCUCCUAUUUUAAGUAAUUUCUCUUCUUUUCAUUCCAAUUUGUAAUGGAAUGAAUGGUGCAUGCUUCUAUAUUUAAGAAAAAAAAAAUAUGCUUGCUUGCUUGCCAAAAACAAGAACAACAAAAAAAUGGAAUGGAAACAAAAGCAAAAAUAAUGAGGUGUCAAUUGAGAUUUCUUAUACAUAUUUCGACGAAUAAGAAAUAGUUUUUCCACAAAAUGCAAUCGAACGAACUUAAAGAAUAUGUAUAUUCUUCACAAUAUGUAUUAUGAACAUGCUUUAUUAUUAUUAUUUUAUGCUUUUAUAUCAAAUAUUGAAUAUUUACUACAUAUUGAAAAUCAAGGAAAUCUCAUAAACAUAUAAAAAACCAAUAUAUUUAUAUAGAGGUAAAGGUUGAAAGUUUGUAAAGACUUGGCGUAUAAAUGGAAAUACAUAAUUGGAA